AUCUUAUCUGUGAAUUCAUCGCCAGCGUGGUUUGACAAAAAUACAUAAUAAAAGCGUUCAAUCAGCUCCGUCCACAUCCAGUCUCCGAGCUUAGUCUCGCGGCUGCUCUGCCCGCGAUCACACGCGGCCGCCGUACCGCCUUAUUGUCGGUGUUUAGUUGUGCCAUACAUUCACAAAUAAUUGUAGUUACCUCAAAUAUUCCAUCAUGGAUCCCGAAGCUUUCUUAGACCUGGCCAACCAGGUCAUAAAACUGAAAAUGUUCCCGUAUUUUGACAUCGCACAUUCACUUUUAUGUGCACUUUCCGUCAGAGAAGAUUUGGGUGCUGGCGCACAGGCGUUCUCGCGCAAGCACCCGCUGGCUUGCUGGCUCUCCACCAUGCUCGUGAUCUUCGCGGGCGGUAUGGUCGUCAACGGUCUCCUGGGAGAGCCCAUCCUCGCGCCGCUCAAGAACACACCACAACUUGUCAUCGGCACAGUCACAUGGUACAUUGUAUUCUACACACCAUUCGACGUCGGUUACAAAGUGGCAAAGUUCCUGCCCGUAAAGAUCGUCGCGUCUGCCAUGAAGGAGAUCUACCGUGCCAAGAAAGUGUACGAUGGAGUCAGCCACGCCGGCAAAUUGUAUCCUAACGCUUACAUCAUUAUGAUCAUUAUUGGUACCCUGAAGGGCAACGGAGCAGGCUUCACCAAGCUGGUGGAGAGGCUGAUCCGCGGAGCCUGGACCCCAACUGCUAUGGAAACCAUGCAACCUAGCUUCUACACGAAGGCCUCUCUAGUGGCGUCGGUGAUCUUCGUACUGGACAAAAAGACCGACCUUAUCUCCGCGCCGCAUGCUCUUGUUUACUUCGGCAUCGUCAUAUUCUUCGUCUACUUUAAGCUAUCCUCAAUCCUGCUGGGCAUCCACGAUCCGUUCGUGCCGUUCGAGAACCUGUUCAGUGCGCUGUUCCUGGGCGGCAUCUGGGACUCUCUGGCCAAGCUGCUCGGCAAGGGUCAGCCUAAAGAGGAGAGCAAGGACGUUAAGAAGACUAAUUGAUGCGACACGUCACAAUAUACUACGCCACGUUAUCAACUGACACCGACAAUGUAAUUAACGGUCGCAAAGAUACUUUAGUAUCAAAUAAAAAAUAUAAAAUCGUAAAAAAAUAGAAAAAAACCUUUAAAUCCUAAAAAAAUGGCACAACGACCAAAGUUUUUUUAUUUGAUUUGCUGUUUGACUAGUCAUUUAAGCUUAAUUUAAAUACCUACAUAGGUAUGUAAGUAGUAUUGUUUGGAAGUAUUCCUAUUUCCUAUGAAUUGCCAAAAAUAGAUUACAUAAAGAUUACUUAUAUUGUGCUGUGACUCAUGGAUGACCGAAAGGCACCUAAAGUAUGUUACGUUUUUAAGCAAAACGUUGUGCAUAAGGACAAUUUUUGAUUGCAUCAUUAUUGCAAUAUAGCCUUAAUGACAACCGACAAUAAGUUACUUAUUGCUUAGAAACGCAAAAUAUGUUUUUUUGACAAAUCAUAAGCACGAAUGCGCGAGGCCCACUUGGUGGCCGAACGUUCUACAAAAAACUGAAAAAAUAUGUGAAUAUGUUUGCGUGUUUGUGAAAUGAAUAAUUGACACAUUUACCACUUACAUUGCUAGCUUAGAAAAAUACAAAGUGGACUACCUACCUAUAGAAAAUACAUUCUAGCAAUGUAAGGGUCACGUGAUGUAAUGACUAUUUUAAGUUAAGUAUGCGUCCGUAUGAAAAAAAAAAAACAAAACAUGAUCGAGCAUUGUAAUUAUUAACUGUAAUUAUUAUUUUAGUUUAGAAUCGAACGAUACAGAGACCGACUUCCCUUUCAACAAAAUUGAAAAAUAGUUACAUAGAGCACACAAAAUAAACAGUAUUGAAGAUAUUAAUUUUAAAUAGAAUUUAUUAUUGAUAAUCAAAUUAGUUAUUACUUACGUAUUUGUAACAUGAAAUGCCUGAUCGAGCCGCAGGGUGCAAGCGGCGAGAGACACGCGUUUCGUUAGAAUUGGCAUAAUUUAAAUAACGUUUGUUAUGAAAAUAUGAAAGGAAGUAUUAAAUUGUUUUAUUAA